ACAAGUGUGAGUGGGGAUGGAAGGGUCACCCAGCUAGUUCCCUUAGGAAUCUAAGUAUUAAGUCCCUCCCGAUUUCAAGUUUGGCUCUCCUUCCAGUUCACUGGGAUCUUCCUCUAGAGCCUAGCAUGAAGCUCUGCAAAGAGCAAAGGCUUAAUAAAUGUUUGUCGAAUGAAUGAAAGGCUCUCUUGCUUUACAAAAGCUCUUAUACUCAUGAUCUUAUUUGAUCUUCAUAAAUCUCCCGUGAGGUCUUCAGGGCAGGGAUUAGGACAACUCUUUUACAGUGAAGAAUACCACUGACAGGGAGGACAAGUUUUCUUUGUUGGAAAAUUCACUAGGGCUGGUCCCUGGCACAAGUUGGAAGAUAGUAUUUUGGCAACUCAUUUCAAACGCCCAAUUUAUAUUCAUAAUUUGUUCGCGCUGGUGCAGGAGAGAGCAGUUCUUUGGAGAUGAAUGAGAUAACAUUCAGGAGUAAGGCAGGGUGGCUCUGCCUUCGUGAAACAUGGAGAGCAAGAGUCUUCAUCCGGGUGUGUGGAAAACAACGGAAUGUUGUUUGUGGAUAGGACCUCGGAGCUGUGGCUCCCGCCUGCCACUAACUGGUGAAUGACUUUGGGCAUAUCACUCGACCUCUGAGUUAAGUUUCUUCGUCUGUAGGAUUUAAAAUUUCUAAAAAAACAGGAACGACUUUUAAAUUUAAUUUUUUGAGAUUCUUAGCCUGAAACAUCUAUUACAGUACUGGAGAGGAGGUAGGGGCUGAAUAAAGUUUAUGACCACAAGUUUAUGACACUUUCCUCACCUCCUCUUCAAGAUCUAUCUUCUACACAAUACUUUCCCAAUCCCACACCCGAAUGUUUCCUUCUCCGAUACUUUGUAUUUAAUUAUUUUGUAUUUCUCUUAACAAGUGAAUGUCAACAAGCGCCGAUUAUAUGCGGCUACUAAGCGAAAUGCUUAUUAAAAAUAAUUUGUUCUCUUCUUUCUCGGGCCAUCCAAUUAUCCUUCAUUUAUGUCUGUUCUUUGCGACCUCCAUUCUAUCUCUAAUCUACCUCGAGCCCCUGUACCCCGUCUCCCUCUAUCUAUGUAGUUGCUUAUGGUCAUCUCCUGCGCUAUCGCCAUCCGAGCCUCCCCACGUGUGUGCUUUGUCCGCCUCUCCCAUCCGCCACGCAUCUCUCUCUCCAUCAUCCGCCUCUGUUCUCCCUCUCUCCGCCCUUCUCGUCCCCCUCCCCGCCUCCGUUUGCAGGUAAUGUGCUGGGCAGCGAUGACUACAUUCUUUAGACUGGACCCCCAGCGCCUAGCUCAGAGUAGGCGCCUAAGAAGUGCCCGUUAAGUGACUGUGCAGUGAGGGUGUUCGCUCUGAGACGUGUCACUUCCCCUCGGAGAGCCCCGGCUUCCUCCUUGGCAGAAUGUCGGGGUGGGGCCGGACUGGCCUUUGGGCUGGCGAUUCAGGAGUCCCGGGGCCGCAGCCCGGCCUCCGGCCUCGUUUGCCAACAGUCUGGGGAAAGAAGAGCCCGGGACCCCCUGUUGGGGUGGGCCACACGCCUUGCACACAAUAGGCGCUUAAGACCGCUAGGACCGGACUUGUUGGCAUCAGAGCUCCCACGUCCCGGGGUCCCCGCAGCAGAGAAGUUGCUUUGGGGCGGGGAGGAGGCGUUGGAGGGGCGGGUACGUCUUGUUUGCCCAGCGAGGGAAGGAGGCCCAGGAGGAGGGGAGAGAAGGAGGUGGGGGGCGGGGCGCUCAAGUGUUGUGUAGGUUUAAAAAAAAAAAAGAAGAAAAGAAAAGAAAAUUUUUGUCCUCCGUGGCUCUGGGUAAACCGCACACCCGGAGCGAAGGCCUUGCGCCUUUAAGAGCUCGGCCGAGGCCGCGGAUUGGACGCUCCGCACCGUGACGUAGAGGGAGGCGGGGCUUGGUCCGGCGGUCGGCUCCCCUGCCUCAGGCUCUUCAGGGGAGCGAGCGGGAGGCGGCUGCGGCGGCGGCGGUUCGAACCUGGCCCCGGCCCCCGCCCCGGCCCCGGCCCGGGCCCCGCGCUCGGCCCCAGCCCCGGCUCCAGCCCCGGCCCCGGGGGAUGCCCCCGGCGGGCCCGCCCUCAUGGCCGCCGACGUCUUCAUGUGCUCUCCCCGCCGGCCCCACAGCGGGGCCCGCCCGGUGCUACUCAAAGCUCCGGCUCCCGACGACGACGACGACGACUCGGACACUGAUGAGCCCUCGACCCUCACCGCAGCCCCCGCGGACUCCGGCCCCUCGGGCGGCCCGGCCGGGCCUCGGUCCGGUCCCGCCGCCGCCCCCGCCCCCGGCGGCCCGGACGAGGACGAGGACGACGAGGCGGAGGACGAGGAGCCCGGGGGGCGGCGGCGGAGCCGGCAGCAGAUCAUCCACAGCGGCCACUUCAUGGUGUCGUCCCCGCACCGCGAGCACCCGCCCAAGAAGGGCUACGACUUCGACACAGUCAACAAGCAGACGUGCCAGACGUACAGCUUCGGCAAGACCAGCUCGUGCCACCUGUCCAUCGACGCGUCCCUCACCAAGCUUUUCGAGUGCAUGACCCUGGCCUACAGUGGGAAAUUGGUAUCUCCCAAGUGGAAGAACUUCAAAGGGCUAAAGCUGCAGUGGAGAGACAAGAUCCGGCUGAACAACGCCAUCUGGCGGGCGUGGUACAUGCAGUACUUGGAGAAACGGAAGAAUCCCGUGUGCCACUUUGUGACUCCCUUGGAUGGCUCUGUGGAGGUGGAUGAGCAUCGCCGGCCAGAGGCCAUCACCACAGAAGGGAAGUACUGGAAACGUCGAAUUGAGAUUGUGAUCAGGGAAUAUCACAAGUGGAGAACGUACUUCAAAAAAAGGCUACAGAAGCACAAGGACGAGGAUCUAUCCAGCUUGGUUCGGGAUGAUGACCUGCUUUUCUGGCAUAAGAGUGGGGAUGGGUGGGACACCCCAGUCCCCAUGGAAGAAGAUCCACUCUUGGACACAGACAUGCUCAUGUCAGAAUUCAGUGACACCCUCUUUUCUACUCUUUCAUCGCAUCAGCCAGUGGCCUGGCCCAACCCACGGGAAAUAGCACAUUUGGGAAAUGCUGACAUGAUCCAGCCGGGGCUAAUUCCUCUACAACCAAACUUUGACUUCAUGGAUACGUUUGAACCUUUCCAGGACCUGUUCUCAUCCAGCCGCUCCAUCUUUGGCCCUACACUUGCUGGACCUGCUCCUUCAACUGCAACAGACCCCAGUAGUCCACCAGCGCAGGGGCCUGUCCUGUCAGCCGGUGCUCUACCCACUGUGAGCCUCCCUGACAGCCUCAUUGUCCCAGCGGGGCCAUCCUCCCUAAGCCCCACAGAAAGGCGCAGCUGUGAGCGUGGGCCCCGCCUUGGAGGCUAUGGCCCGGCCACCGACUAUGAGAGCCCUGAGCCGCCUCUGAGUGGCGCGCAGACUUUCCUCCCGGUGUUUCCAGGUUCCCUGCUCUCUCCUAGCCCAGCUCCAACACCAUCUUCGCCUGAAAUGCCAUUAGUGCCCCCUCCAGCGGCCACUCUGAAUGCCCAGGCUCCAUCUGCUUUUCUGCAGCCACAGAAGUUUGGAGCUGGCAAGUCCUCCUCAGUCAUCACCCACACAGCUUCGGCUACCUUCACCCACGAUGCCUCUGCAACGACUUUUAGCCAGAGCCAGGGCCUUGUGCUAACGGCACAACAGCCAGCCCCACCAGGACCACCCUGUAGCUUGACAGUGCCUCCGGCAGUUGGGCCAACCCAAUCUCGCCUGACUUUUGUCUAUGCCCUUAAAUCUAUGCCCUUGGCUAGUGGGCGGGCCAAGCAGCCCCCUAAAAUAGUGCCUGCUCCAAAACCUGAGCCUGUGUCCUUGCUCUUAAAGAAUGCUUAUAUCACCCCAGCUGCCUUUUCAGGACAACCCCAAGCAGUGAUUGUGACCCCUGGUCCUCUGAAGAGAGAAGGGGUGCUGACCUCUACCAUGUCCCAGCCCAACGUGGUCAUUACCAGGGCUCCUGGCGUCCCAGAGUUCCAUAGUGGUGUCUUGGUUGCUGCAGACCUUGGCCAUGCUACUAGUAGCCAGCCAUCCCCAGCCCCCCGGCUCUUCUCCCCAAGUGCUGUGCAAGACUCCUUGGUGAAGGGGGAGCAGAUCUCUCUGCAUGGAAGUGCUUCCCAGAUUGCUUCUCCAUCCUCCAGCCGAGAUUGUCCGAACUCUGGUCAGGCCUCUCCUUGUGCAUCUGAACAAAGCCCCAGUCCUCAGUCUCCCCAGAACUGCUCAGGGAAAUCCACUACAGACCCCCCAAAUGUGGCUGCAUUCAAGAGCCGGAGAAUGAAGCACAUUUCAGCUGAACAGAAGAGACGGUUCAACAUUAAGAUCGGCUUUGGAACCUUAAACAGUUUGAUCUCCAACAACUGCAAGCUGACCAGCCACGCCAUCACCCUGCAGAAAACCGUAGAGUACAUUGCCAAACUUCAGCAGGAGAGAAGCCAGAUGCAGGAGGAAGCGCGGCGCCUUCGGGAGGAGAUUGAGGAGCUAAACGCCACCAUCAUCUCCUGUCAGCAGCAGCUCCCUGCCACAGGGGUCCCUGUGACUCGUCGCCAAUGUGAUCAUAUGCGGGACAUGUUUGAUGAUUAUGUAAAAAGUCGGACUCUACAGAAUUGGAAGUUCUGGAUUUUCAGCAUCAUCAUCAAACCAUUGUUUGAGUCGUUCAGGGGCAUGGUAUCCACCACCAACCUGCACGAGCUCCAUCAGAGCGCGCUCUCCUGGCUGGACCAGCACUGCUCCCUCCCUGUUCUCAGGCCAAUGGUUCUGCUCGCCCUCCGCCAGCUGAGCACGACCACCUCCAUCCUCACGGACCCGUCGCAGUUACCGGAGCAAGCCUCGGAGGCCGUCACCAGGAUCGGCAAGAGGACGGGGGCCUCGCAGCAGCCCUGAGCCCCUGCCGCCCUCUCAGGGAGCCCCGAGCCCGGCUCCUUGGCUUCUCCCCAAGCCCCGCUUCCCGGCGUCCCUGGGACUCGCCUCUGAUAACGGUUUGCGUCUCAGCAGAACUGCCCAGCUCAGGUUUGUAGCAGGUGGGGGUCCUGCCCACAGCAAUAGCCCGUCGGCUAGAACCCGGCGCUUCGUGACCUCAGGCAUCCGCUUCUCUGGGAUUCAGGCGGCGAGAGCUGGUCCAGAAAAAAGGGAAAUGUCUGUGCUUGAUCAGCCUGGGCCCAACCCUGCUUCGCUCCAGACCAGCUUUUCUGGAAGGCUGGGGAAGUGCAACGGUUUCGGAACAAAAAAAGGGAGCCUCCGCCCCGCGGUUGGUUAAAAGCCUUCGCGCCCGUCUGCGUUUCCAGGCUCGGGCUCGUGUUUCUCUCUCCAUAUUUUGUGGUGGUGAGGAGGGCGGCUUUUCUCCAACUCCACCUCUCCUGAUGUAGCAUUGGAAGGUGUCUGCCGGCAACGCGACACGCACCUGUAGCUUGUAAAUACUCUCAGACUUCUGCGGGCGGCCCUGCUGCGGGCUGCCCGAUAUCCUGCAUGGCAGGGAGUGGGGGGGGGGGAGGGGUGCCUUCUUGGGGAACACUCAGGCUGCCUCAAGAACCAGGUCAUUCUGGGGCAGGGAUGGAAAUGCGAAAAGCUGCUGCCUCCGUCUGGAAAAUGGGGGUUUGGGAGAGGGAGCGGGCCACGGGGCGGCUUAUGUAUCAUCAGGGAUGUGAGAACUGAGUGCGGGGCAGGGGGCCCCUCAGCCUUCACCCGGCAACGGGACCUGCUGUUUCCCUCCCUUGGCUUGUGAGCUCCAGGUGCUGAAGGGAUUGAGAGCCUUUUACAAAAUACAGAAGAGGCUCCCAGGAGAAGCCACUAUUCUUAAAUACCCAGGUCCUGUCUUACUCUUCCUGGUCAGCGUAGCCUCUCUCCAAGAUCGAUCUUCCGCAGCCUCUCAACCCCAGAUUUUCGGACCAAAGAAAUUCCUCUGGGCAAAGUCUGAGCAGAAGGAACCCGUCUAGCUCGCCCUUCAGGUGGCUGAGGUUUUGUACUGGAUAGGUCUUUGGAGGCAUCUGUGGAUCGGGGGGAGGUCCCCGACGUGGGGACUGGCCCAUCUGUGAGUGACCGGCCGUGCCUGUAGGUGGAUCUUUUAAAUAGAGAAAAGCUCUCAUUAGGACCGAAAGCACUGGGAAUGUGUGGCGUGCAGAAGCUUGCUUCCUAGCUGGUGACCCUCCAUUGAGGCAGCUUCCACAUGGCCUCUGUCACCAUCAAAGAGCUUUACUCCAGUGGUGAAAGCUGGCCCUGCUGCUGCUGCUUCCAGCUAGAAAAGUGAGGGGGGGAAUUAUCCCAGUCCUUGGGAAAGUGUCCCGUUGUUCCCCCUUUUAAAAAUAUGCCAGAACCACUUAGUUUUUCCUGAAGGUGAUAGGUAAGAGGCUGCUUUCUCCACUCUGCCACCUGGGUUAGGCAGUGAGCAUCACAUGUGUGACGAUUUUGGCCGAGCUAAUCCUGCAAAGUUCUGGGUGGUCUUCUAAGCUCCCCCCUUCUCUCAGCCACAUUUCCACUGCAACAUAGGUAGAACUGAGUACAUUUUAUUUCCAACAUUUUGCAUAGAAAGUAAUCUUUUGUUUCUCUGAUAAAUGGGGCAUCUCCCUCCAGGCCAAGAACACGUCUCAGCAUUCAGUUAGCCCUCUUAGGACUUGCUUUCUGAUUGGAAAUUUGGAAAAAGGACUGCAGCAGUAGCACAAGGUCCUUAGGGAGUUACCUGCUUUUCGAUGUGGACUUAGGAAGGUUCAGGGAAGCAGACAGAAGAAGCUGCAAGGCAGAAAGAGGGCUGGUAGGGCUUUCCCGAAACAGAAAGACUUUUCCCAGAGGAGGCUUGCCCCUCAGACUAGAUGUCCCUCUCUGAGAACUUUAAUUCAGAUCAGCAGCAGAUCAAAAGGGAAUUUAGCUACCCACCUUUCUAGAUUUGAUUGUGUCCCUCAGAGCCAGUUGUUCCUUGAAGUUUUCUCUGGCAAACUCAUUCUUCACAGGAUCAGACCUCUCUAAGCCUAGUGUGAGUUAUCCAGCGUGAAAAUGAAUACUGCUUGGGCGUUGGGGCAACAGAGCAAGUGGGGAAGAGGAACGCAGCCUUGGCUUUUGUCUCUCCAGCCUCUCCUGUGCUGGCUUCGUGGGCUGCUGGGGAAGGGGCCCGAGCAAAGCUGUUCUCAUCAGUACUGCCCAGCAGCACUCCAGAAGGGGGGUGGGAGUGGGGAGGGGACUGGGGGUGUGGGUAAGGAGGGGACAAAGCAGACUUUCAAUCUUCUCCGAAUGUGAAAUUGGCAUUUUGCUUUUCUGACCUGCCUUUCCCUUCUACUAAAUCAGUGUUCUCAAAAUAUUUAAGGCAGUAAGUAGGUUAGACUUCAUGAAGUGUAUGUGUAUGUGAAUACUCACAAAUUGUAUAAUAAGGUGCAUGUUUUCAUUGUUUACCCAUUUACUUAAAUUCAUUUAUCCUGGUGCUCAUGACAACCAUGGUGAUUAGGAAGCAGAGUUGUAACUGGGACUUCAGAGAUCGAGGGCUCUGAGAUUUUCCUCUGAAGAUCACCUCUGAUUGGGCUUGAAUUUGCCUUCUCUUACCAACUUUCUGGGCAGAGAGGUUGGGAAGUUCUAGGGUUUGGUCUGCUGAUUAGGUGCAGAAUCUGGGAUUGUUUUAGCCUGCUGCCCAGGGAAAGAGACAGAAAGCAACUCUGACCUUAUAUCUGUGAUUUGUUUACACUCACUUUUCCCCUUUCUCUCCCCUCCUGCUAAAGAAACAGCUGAGUCUUUUGAGGGAAAAAAAUCAGCUCAGAAAAGUCCCCUCUGCCACACAAUCUCAGAAAGUGCUUUUCUAAUACCGAACAUCUCUCUGAUCAGCAUUAUCAGUUCUUGUUUCAUGAUGAGCAUCGGAAGUGUGAAGACGUUGGCUAAAGCGGACGUUCAGUGGGGUUUUCUGUGCAUUCUGACUUUGGUGCACUUCCUCCCACCACCCUCUCCCAGCCCCCUCCCACAUCCCUCCACGUGGGUUUACAUAAUCUGAAUGAUGCUUUAUUGCCUAAUUAGGGUUGCCUUCAUCGUUCUGCCGGAUGGUAUUUGGGUUUCUGUUUUCCACAGGACAAAUAAAGUGUUCAUGAGGAGAGAAUGUCACCGAUUGAAAGCCAGUGAGUAGAGAGGAGUGCGAGAAUAAGGCAGGCGUGAGAAAAACGCCCAAGAGUGCCAAAUAUGCUUGAUGCACCCGGUGCUGGCCCAGGCUGGGUUGUAGGCGGUUGUCAGUUCUGUCUGGGAAGUCUCUGCUUGGCUCCUUCCCUCCCGCGCUGCUCUGGAGAUCACAUCCACAGGAAGUAGUCUCCAUAAUCCAGGGCUGAAGCAAGCCCGGUCUCCCAUCUUCAGCCAGAGUAGGUGGAAAAAGGGUGCCCAGAUGCCCGGCACUCUUAGGCGGGCUGCAGAGGAGCAUCUGCCAAAAUGUUGUGAAAACUUCCCUGUUCUCCGAGGCCGCCAUUCUGGCCCUGUUGUUCUCUAAGAGUCUCCUGGACCCGGGAAAGUUUCCCUAAGUACUGAUGCUGCCUAGUGGAGGAAGAGGGGAAGAUGGAGAUCGCUAGGGCUUAAGGGGGUUGUGGUAACCAUAGCAACAAAGCAUCCUGCAGGUCCAAGGCUGAGACAAUUUUGGUCAUGAUGGCUCCACCCUCGUGCCUUUCCUCCUCUCCCCUAGGGAUCAGGGCCAAAGCCAGAUGGAGAUGCUAACCAGUAUACCUCAGGGACUCCAGACUUCUGUUUAAUUUCCUGUCUUGGGUGUUAGCGGGAUCCGGCGACUCUUCUUCCAUGUGCCCAAAGCCCAAUUCUGUGUCUAGAAAGUGAAAAAGGCAGAUGGAGUUUGCAGUGAUGUUUUGCCUUGUCGGCCACGUUCUCUGCUUGGUUUAGGGUAGGCUGUGAGAUGUUGUGAAACCAUCUGGCUCACUACUGGUUUUUCUGGUCUCGGUUCUUUCAUAUCUCACUUGCCACCAAGACAAACAGAUUAAGAAACCACCGCUGUGGAUGCACAGAAGGCGAUGCUCACUAACUACCUCUCUUUGGGUGGUGUCCUCCCCGUGACAUAGCAUUUGUGCUCCAUCCCAGGCCAUUUCCUCAAAAGCCCUUAGUUCCUUUGUGUGCACAGAAAAAUGCCUCCAGUUUUCUGUGAGGGAGAGCGCCUUUCCUCGGGAGUCUCCAGCAAGGCUGUGAGGAGAAGCAGUAAGUGUAAUAAUCCAGAGCACUCCGUGAUCUCACCUUGUGGUUGCCCCGUCAGAAAGGCACAGCAAGUAUUAUCCCCAUUUGACAGAUGAGGAAAUGGAAGCCUUGGGGACAGGCCUGAUUUUGGAAGGUGAAGGAGGCUCGCUGUGAUUGGCUCUUCAUUCCAGUUUUUGGGGUAAGGUUUUUACCUUACCCAAGAGGAUAGAAGAGGAAGUCUGGCUGUGAAUUUGAAGUAUUGAAUAAUCCAUGGGGCCCAUGUGAAGUCUGUGAAGGCCCUGGCGAGGACUCCCAAAGCCCGUGGCACAGAAGGCCACCUGUGCUGGGAGAGAGGGGAGACUCAGACGGAGGGAGGGGCCUGCCUUCCUAGCUCUUACCAAAUGAGACUUUUGCUGGUGCUCAUGAAAAAAACAACUUGGGGGAAAAAGGGAAACUUUUAUCUUGAAUGUCUUUUUUGUUUUUGUGUAGUUUACCUAAAUGGAAUUUAAAUUUUGUGUGACUCAUUUCUUUUUAUGGUCACCAUAUGACAACCCUUAUUUUUUCCUUUGUUCCAACUUUCUCUCAGAUGAGUGAGUCUGAAAUCAGAAUCUGAGAAAGUUGAAAUACUCUUCUCUGGGUUUUAUUUUGCUUUGGUUUUUAGUAGAGAUUAGAAUGUCUCUGGAAGUCUGAGAGUAAAGGGAUUGAGGAGAAGCUAGAAUUUUAAAUAUUUCAAUAUUAAGAUUAUAGAGUUGAAAAGGACCCCAGAGGCCUUCUAGUCCAAUCCCCUCAUUUUUUAUUUGAGGAAACUGAGGUCAAGGGAGAUUAAGUGAUUUUACCCAGAGUCACACAGGAAGUGCCAGACCGGGAAUCUUAUCUCUGGGGCAUCUUCACUUACAGUUUGCAUUCUACUCAUACACCAGGAUGAGCUCUUAGCUCUCAGCAAUGAGAGAGAUUCCUGGCCUCUCCCAUCAGGCUCAGGAGCUCCCCAUGCCGAUGGUGAUUUUUUUACAUUUCUAAAUUGUUCAUCAACAAAAGGAAAACUGAAUUACGAGGCUUUUACUGUAGCGCCACGGUGUGAUAUACUGUUACUUUUCUGGUUUUAGUUUAUUGCAUAAGUGGGUUUAUUGUGAGUUUUGUUCAUUCUUUCAGGGUUCAUUUCAGCAACUAGAUUUGCUUUGGGAUGGAACUUCAGACAAUAGAAACCUUUACGUCCCUUUGUCUUUGUGUGAAAGGCAGUCCCACUGCGCUGUACAUCACCCCCUCCAUUUUUCUGCUAUCCAAAAGCACAUUUCCACCAGCUGUAUUCAACACUACAAUGCAUUUUUUAUAUAUAUUUGCAGCCAAAACAAUAAAAACUUAUUUUUUGGAA